UCCGGGCGCGGUCGGAUGACGCCAUCAAGGCCCGCCGUCCGGGUUGUGACACCUUGCUGCGCCUGCGCCACCCUCCGCCUCCCCAUGGCUACCGUGGAGACGCCGCCGGUGGUGGCGGCCUCGGCCUCGCGUAAGCGACGGCCGCCCAAAGGGCAGUACGUGCAGGCGGCCAAGCGGGCCCGGCCGGGCGGGCGGCGACAGCCGCUGGAGGCCGGCAUGUGCGGCAUCCUGAUCACCUGCAACAUGAACGAGCGCAAGUGCGUGGCUGAAGCCUACAGCCUGCUGGGCGAGUACGGAGAGCAGCUCUACGGGCCCGAGCAGUUUGCAGAGCGAAAUGAGGACAGUCUCUCUGGGAAUGAGGAGGAGGAAGAAGAGGAGGAAGAUGAUGCCGAAGCGGCUUUGAAAAAAGAAGUGGAUCAGAUUCGUACCUCCACGGAACAGAAGCAGCGUCGGUUCCAGUCGGUGGAGAGCGGGGCUAACAAUGUGGUUUUCAUUCGAACGCUGGGUGUUGAACCCGAGACGUUGGUCCACCACAUUCUGAAGGACAUGCACGCCACCAAAAAGAAGAAGACCCGAGUCAUCUUGCGCAUGCUGCCUGUGUCGGGGACCUGCAAAGCCUUUCUCGAAGACAUGAAGCGGUAUUCAGAGACCUUUUUCGAACCCUGGUUCAAAAGCCCCAGGAAGGGCACUUUCCAGAUAGUUUACAAGGCUCGAAAUAACAGCCACCUCAGCAGGGAAGAAGUCAUAAAAGAGCUGGCAGGCAUUGUGGGCCACCUCAACCCAGAAAACAAGGUCGACCUGAGUAACCCUGAAUACACCGUUGUGGUGGAGAUCAUCAAGAACAUCUGCUGCUUGAGUGUGGUGAAGGACUACGUUCUCUUUCGAAAGUACAACCUUCAAGAGGUGGUGAAAAUCAAAGCCGAGGGGCAGCCAGAAGCUCCUAAAGCACCCCCUGAGAAUGACACCCCCGGAGCAAAGACACCCGAAGCACAGAGGGAAAACCAAAACGAGCGCCAAGGCAAGACAGAGACCGCCGCCAACGACAAUCACGAGGACUAGGAGCCUGAAUGAAAGAGCCGAGAAGAAAAAGGGAAAUCUGCAGGAUGGGUGACCGGUUGUUAAAUCAGGGGUUGAUGCUUGUUUUUGUUUUGCUUUUAACUUGUCUUUUUAAAGACUCUAGGUGAUUUGGCUAAAGCACAGCUGGUUUGUCUCAAGGCUAUGCCUAAGGCACUCUUUCCCACCAUUCCUGCCUUGUUUAUAGUAGUCAUUCUGGAUUGGGGUGGGGGGGUUUCCAGCUGAACGACGCAAGACGUGAUUUUCACAACCUGUAGAUCAGGGGUGUCCAGCCUCAGCAACUUUUAAGAACCCCUCCCCCCAGUCAGCUAUUCUGGAAGUUGAAGUCCAUAGUUUUUAACGCUGCCAAGGAUGGACACCCCUGCCUUAGGGUUUAGUGUUACAGACAGAACAGAUCAUUGUAACUGGAUCAAACUACGGCUAGCUUUUUCCUGACCCUUUUACGAGUCCUUAGGACUAAAAGACACUAUGCUGACCAGCCAAACGUUUAUGCUUUCUUUUCUUCCAGUUGGAGUGUUGGCCCAAUGUUCCACCUUUUUAAACUUAAAACUGCAAAAAUGCAGCCAGGAUUCGGAGGUGGGAAGUGGUAUGUGUGUGUGUGUUGGGGAGGGGUAGAUCGUUCCUAAACAAUGCCUGAGGUUGGGAGUAGAAGCAGCUGAUCCUAGAACAAUUGGGCUAUUAAUGGAGGUUUUAAAAUUGCCUCUUUCUGUUCUGAUUAUCAUGACGAAAAGCUCCCAGGUUUACUUAUUCAGGAGUAAGCAGGUCAACUAGACUCUUAUAGUUUUGCAAGGUGGUUUUUAACUUUUCAUCCUCGGCAACUUGGUGUUUCCAAGUCGUAUAAUAUUCCCAAGUAAGUUAUGACAAGUGUUUACUGCCAGAUUUUCGUGUGAUCACUGCCAGCAUCCUGAUGUGAAGUCUAGCAUGACUGGAGAAGGGAUCGUCUCCUCUUGAGCUGGGGAUCUGGUAUUCCAACCACUCUGGCAAAACAGCACCUCUUCAGAUGCCGUUCAGUCCGCGACGGGGAUCUCUAAUCUUAGCAACUUUUAAGACCUGUGGAUUUCAACUCCCAGAAUUCCUCAAGCAGCCAAGCGUGAAUCCUGGGAGUUGACGUCCACAAGUCUUAAAAAUUGCCAGUUUUGGCGAUCCCUCGUCUAGGAGAAUAGGUAGACUAACGUUCUGGUGCUUUUUCUGAUUUGGAAACAUGUUCAGGUUUCUUCUGUAGCUCUUUUAACAUCAUUGACCCUAGAGGAACUUUUAGGGGUCUGUUUGUAGAGAAUCUUCUUAACUAUCUGAAGCAAAUUGUAAAAUAUUAGCCGAGCGGGACUUUUGGGGAAAGAUACAUCUUCUGUUUAAAAAUGUUCUCUUUGCAGUUACAUGGUUAGAAAGACAAGCUAAUGCUUCAAACUCCUAAUUAUUGUGGGGGUGUCAAGGAGAGGAAAUGGGGGAGUCUGCAGACAUUGGCCUUUGCUACCUUUAAAGAAAAAAAAAAAAACCCAGACAAAAAUCUCUGGGAGGAAUUCCUUGUUUGAAAAUAAACGUUCACGGCAUAACAUCUUUGCAGGGGUAUAACAUUUCCCAGUUUGUAUGUGUGUUCUUACUUUUUUGUAUGUUGUUUUCUAUUAAAUUGACCUCCUUUUGGUUUGGAA